AUGGCGAGCCAAUCCUGCCACAUCAGCUCUGGCUGCGGGGUCAAGAACUUCAGCUCCCGCUCUGCCACUGUGCCCAAGCCUGGGUAUCACAGCUGUGUCAGUGCCAUGGCCCAUCAUGGGGUCAGCCCUGGGGGGCUAGGCUCCAGGCGCCUCGGAGGCUUUGGCAGUCAGAGCCUGUGUACGGUGGGGUCUCCCCGGAUCGCGGUGAGUUGUAGAUGGCCCCUACACAGCAGGGGCAGGUUUGGCUACUGGGCAGGGGGCCUUUGCAGGCCCAGCCCACCCCGCAUCACAUCUGUUACCAUCAACGAGAGCCUCCUCAUGCCCCUCAACCUAGAGAUCGACCCCAAUGCCCAGUGUGUGAAGCAUGAGGAGAAGGAGCACAUCAGGUGUCUCAACAAGUUUGCUGCCUUCAUUGACAAGGUGCGCUUCCUGGAGCAGCAGAACAAACUGCUGGAGACCAAGCUGCAGUUCUACCAGAACCGCGAGUGCUGCGAGAGCAACCUGGAGCCCCUGUUGCAGGGCUACACGGCGACUCUGCGGCGGGAGGCUGAGUGCGUGGAGGCCGACAGUGGCAGGCUGGCCUCAGAGCUCAACUACACGCAGGAGGCGCUGGAGGGCUACAAGAAGAAGUAUGAAGAAGAGCUGGCCCUCAGGGCCACAGCUGAGAACGAGUUCAUGAUGCUGAAGAAGGAUGUAGACUGCACCUAUCUGCGCGAGACGGACCUGGAGGCCAGUGAGCCGCUGAAGGAGGAGUCAGUCUUCCUGCAGUCCCUCUACGGGGAGGAAAUCUGCCUCCUUCAAUCACAAAUCUCUGACACCUCCAUGGUGGUGAAGAUGGACAACAGCUGGGAGCUCAACAUGGACUUGGUUGUGGCUUAGAUCAAGGCUCAGUAUGAUGAUAUUGCCAGCUGCACCCGGGUGGAGGCUGAGACCUGAUACCAAACCAAGUGUGAGGAGGUGAAGGCCACAGUGACCCAACAGGGUGAGAACCUCCGCAGAACCAAGGAUGAGCUCAACGAGCUGAACCGCAUGAUCCAGAGGCUGACGGCAGAGGUGGAGAAUGACAAGCAGCAGCGCUGCAAGCUGGAGGCUGCGGUGGCCCAGUCUGAGCAGCAGGGUGAGGCAGCCCUCAGCAAUGCCCACUGCAAGCUGGCUGAGCUGGAGGGCGCCCUGCAGAAGGCCAAGCAGGACAUGGCCUGCAUGCUCAAGCAGUACCAGGAGGUGAUGAACUCCAAGCUGGGCUUGGACGUGGAGAUCGCCACUUAUCGCAAACUGCUGGAGGGCGAGGAGAUCCGGCUGUGUGAAGGUGUGGGCUCAGUCAAUAUCUGUAACCAUUCCCAGGGUGGUGUGGUCUGCGGGGACCUGGACUCCACUGCCUCCCGUGGCUCAGGGGGUGUGGCCAUCAGCAGUGGUGCACUGUGUUGCCCCUCUGCAGUGGGGGCCUGCUCCAAUGCCCAAUCUCUCCGGACCUGCCAAGGCAAUGGCUUGGCACCCCGGCCUAGGGGUGGAGUCUGGGGGAGCAGGGCCUGGCCUUUUGACUACCUGCGGGUUCGCUCCCCACAUCCCAUUCACUGCAGACGGGCGACCCCCGAGGGUCUUUAUAAAACCUCUGUGCCAGGACGCACUAGGCACCUAGACUUCGGAGAGGAGGGCGCUGACCCCGGCCACGGUGCUAUGGGCAUGUCACGGGGCAGCCCUGAGCAGCCAAUAACCCCCAAACACCCUGCCCACUACCCCAAAACGGCGGGCAGGUGGCGCCCAGCUCGCCCUCCCGUCCCUCCCGGCACCCAGGCCCUAGGCCCCUCACCACUGGGGUUAGAGGCUAAGGGCGGGACGCGGGGCGUCUCGGGCAGGGGUGAAGGAGGGCAGCCGGGGCCCAGGCGUGGAGGGCGGGCGCGUUUGAGAGAGGCGCAGGCGGCGGGAUCCCGGCGGACGGCAGAAGACUCGGGAACCAGUCCAGAGGCGCCGAGGCGCGAACCUUGCGUGAGCCAAGGACCCAAGGCCCCUGUGGACCUGAUCCCGCGGGCUCCAGCAGGGCCCGCGCCGUGCAUCUGGAGAUGCGCCCAGGAUACCCGGUGGCUGGACGUGACGGUGGGCAGGCAGGCAGGGCAGGGCACGGGGCGACCCGUGAGCAAAGCGAGGGUGGGGGUAGGAGGGGUGUGGCCCCUGACUCUCGUGGGUGGGGAGAUGGGGGACAACGGUGGCCUCAACGGGAGAUGGGGCCAAAGUGGGGACCUGCAGGGAGGACCUGCAGGCCCCUUGUUACACUGGCCCAAAGAGCUGGGAAAAAGGAGGCAGCAGGCAAGAGACCUGGAGGAGGCCCGCCAGGUGUCAGCCAGCAAACCUCAAACAGAGCAGCAGCCUGAGCACUCAGAAGCAGCCAGCAGCCUCCAGUGGGGCUACAGCCCUUUGGGCCUGAAGUGA